AUGGAUCCUGAUGCUGAGAGUAAGCAUGUUUCAGAGGCAGGAGACAUGGGUGAUGGAGUUUUUCAUAGCUUUAGACAUAGUUUGAGGGGCAGCCUUUACUUGCCUUCUGACACAAAUUUAAAAAAUGAGGAUGUUGUUUCAAAUCCAGGUGUUCACAAAUUCCGGCCUUACCCUGGUAAAUCCAAUUCUGUCUCCUCUAUUGGGCCAUUUCCAUCUGAAAUGGUGUCACCUUUACUUAGCAUUGAAAGAGAAGGUUCUGAACACAUAAAACAGGAAUCUCAUAAAAAAUUGCCAAAGUUACUGCAUUAUGCUUUAUGUCUGGUUCAUUUGGCUGUUUUUGCUAUCCUUGGGGUAUUAACAAGAUACAUACUGGGCAAGUUAUUUGGCCCCGGCGUUGGUCGUUUGACAAGUGAUCAAACUAUUCUUUACCUUGACCUGCCUUCUAAUAUGGUGGGAUCAUUUAUGAUGGGAUGGUUUGGUGUUGAAUUCAAAGCAGACAUAUCAAAUGUGUCAGAGUAUCUGGUUAUGGCACUGACAACUGGUUACUUGGGGAGCUUAACAACGUUCAGCGGCUGGAAUCAAAAAAUGCUUGAACUCAGUGUUAAUGGGAAUUGGCUCUUGUGUGUGCUUGGCUUUUUAAUUGGAUUAUUUCUUGUUGCCUUUUCCAUCACAUUUGGGAUAGAAACAGCCAAGGGUUUUAGGUGGCUUCUUAGAAAGCUAAAUGUGAGUUCAGGAAGUGAAACUUGUAGAUCCAAGAUCAAUGAAAAGGUGGAAGGAGGGUUGAAGCAUCACUUGGUAGUUAUGGUGGUGCUAUUGUUGGUUUUAGGCUUGUUCUUGGGUAUUAGUGGUGUUUUAAUGGAUGCUGAGUUCAAGAAUGGUGGAAAUUCUACUGUGUUAUGGAUUGCUUGCAUAGUUGGACCUCCAGGUGUUUGGAUUAGAUGGCUAUUGGCUCGACUAAACGGAUGUGGAUUAGGAGCAACAGGUUUGUUGAAUUGGAUUCCAUUUGGGACUCUAAUUGCAAAUGUAUCUGCUGCUUUUUUUAUGGCUGCACUUGCUACAAUGAAGAAAUUUGUGAACACCAGGAACUGUGAUGUUAUUUUAUCAGGCAUACAAUUUGGUUUUUUGGGUUGUUUAAGUACUGUUUCUACCUUUGCUUCUGAGUUCAAUGCAAUGAGAGAAAGCAUGCACCCUUGGAGAGCAUAUGCAUAUACUAUGAUCACAAUCUGUGCCUCAUUUUUUUUAGGGAUCUUAAUAUACUGCAUACCUAUUUGGAGAAUGGAGUAA